AACCCAAAGAAAGAGACUGUGUUAGAGAGAGAAAUAGAGGAGAGAGAGAGAGAGAGUGUGCUCUCUCUGCAGAACAGAGCAGAGACAAAAGACACCGAAGCCGUGAGGAGUGAGAGAGAGAUUUGAGUCUCUUUCUCUCUGCAACUCAUCAAAUCCUCCAAAAUCUGCUCAGAGAUUAAAGAAGCUCUUUUGCGCAAAGCAAUGUCUGCUAAUUUUAGAAUUUUAUGUCCUUGUUGUUAUCGAUUUCACGUUUUUUGAGUUUAUUCGCUCAUUAAAAGCAACAAAUCACGGAGGAAAAUAAAGCCAGGUGAUUACGGAACCCUAGAGAACGGAAGUUUUUUUCGCGGAAAAUGGAGUUUGUAGCUGGAUUUUCCGGCGAAGAAGAGUAAGGCAACCGACGGUCUCAAGUUGACAUUGAGUUAUCUUCAAAGAUCUCGCAUUGAAUUCAAUUUCUUAAAAGAUUCUGUGAAGAAGCUUUUGAUCUCGCUUGGAAUCAAAGAUUGUAGUCAGAGUUCCUUUCCGUUACAGUAUUGCAAGUGGAGGACUUCACUUUAAGCUUGGACUUUUAUGGCAAUGUUGAAAAGUUUGGUUUAGUAAUUACUAGUACUUGAAGUGGAAAAUUCUGAAUUUUCCUACAUUUUCCUGAUAAAUUUGUGUUUGUAAAGGAAGAAAACGAAAGAGUUGAGCAAGGAAGGGUUUUGGUGACCAUUGAUUGAUCUGAGAGGUUAAAGAUGGCAACUUGGGAACAUUUUGGGGAGAUUGCAAAUGUGGCCCAGCUCACGGGCAUCGACGCCGUGCGACUAAUUGGGAUGAUUGUGCAAGCUGCGAGUACAGCUCGAUUGCACAAGAAGAAUUGCAGGCAGUUUGCGCAACAUCUGAAGCUCAUUGGGAACUUGCUUCAGCAGCUCAGGAUCUCGGAGCUUAAGAGGUAUCCGGAAACCGGAGAGCCACUUGAGCAACUUGAGGAUGCAUUGAGGAGAUCCUACAUUUUAGUCAACAGUUGCCAAGACAGGAGCUAUCUCUAUUUGCUAGCCAUGGGAUGGAACAUCGUGUACCAGUUCAGAAAGGCUCAAAACGAAAUUGACCGAUACUUGAAGAUAAUUCCCCUCAUCACUCUUGUGGAUAAUGCUCGAUUCAGGGAAAGAUUGGAAGAUAUUGAAAAGGAUCAACGUGAAUACACAUUGGAUGAUGAGGAUAGGAGGGUGCAAGAUGUGAUUCUGAAACCAGAUCCCUCAAAAAAUGACACGAUGGUGUUGAAGAAAACUCUUUCUUGUUCCUACCCAAACUUGCCUUUUAAUGAGGCACUUCAAAAAGAAAACGAAAAGCUUCAAUUAGAACUACAACGCUCACAAGCUAAUUUGGAUGUGGGCCAAUGCGAAGUAAUUCAGCAUCUGAUUGAUGUCACAGAAACUGUUGCUACGAAUUCUCUACAGAUACCAGAGAAAAGUUCACCCAUAAGAAAUUCCAAGAAGCUGGAGCCUAAUUAUUCAGAUGUCAACAGUGAUAAAGAACAUUCAUACUAUGAAAGUGACACUCAGAGAAGUGUAACUCGUUCAACUCAAAGAAACACAUCUUCAGUUUCAUCCGGACAUGAUCUGCUGUCCAGGAGUGGUUCCCACCAGCAUGAAGAAUGGCAUUCAGAUUUACUAGGCUGUUGUUCAGAACCUACUCUGUGUUUAAAAACUUUCUUCUAUCCUUGUGGCACAUUUUCGAAGAUUGCUUCUGUGGCGACUAACAGGCAUAUGUCUUCAGCAGAAGCCUGUAAUGAAUUAAUGGCUUAUUCGUUGAUAAUGUCAUGCUGUUGCUAUACUUGCUGCAUCCGGAGGAAGCUUCGCAAGACGCUGAAUAUCACGGGAGGUUUAUUUGAUGAUUUUCUCUCACACUUGAUGUGUUGCUGUUGCGCCCUUGUCCAAGAAUGGCGAGAAGUCGAGAUGCGUGGGGUUUAUGGUCCUGAUAAGACGAAAACAAGCCCUCCACCCUCUCAAUACAUGGAGUCCUAAGUGAUAGGAUGAAAGAAAUUGUUAUAGUUGUUUAAAGAUUUGAAAUAUACUUUGAAGCCUUGCAUAGAGAUAGUGGCUAGAUGCAAUUGUUACUUUGCAUCAUGUGUUUGUGUUGUUUUGUGCCAUUAGCUCACCUAUUAUGUAAAGUUGCUUUCUAUAUCUUCCAUAUUAAAGCAUGUGUAUCAUAGAUAGCCUUUUCAAUUAUAGUUUUCUUUCACUUUAA